UUUGCGAGUGUUUGCAAAAAAAAAAAUCUCACUGUUUAUUGCUGCUGAAUUUCAAAGAAAAAUGAAAAUUCUAUUUCAUCCAAUUGAAUCAUGGGGCCAUAUGAAUGCAACUAUUGGUGUGGCACAAAUCAUGUUGAAAUAUGGUCAUCAAAUUAUCUUUGCCGUAACGGAAAAUGUUCGUGGUCAAUUCCGGAAACAUGGAUUUCAAGAAAUUAUACUGAAAACAGAACCAAUAACACCACCACCACCAUUGGAUCGACAAACUGAUUGUGUGGAUUUUCUCAUGAAUUCAACGGAUGUAUUUUGGGAAAAAGAACCAUUGAAAAAAUAUUCAAUGUUUCAAAAAGUUUUUGAAAUUCGUGUCGAAGAAAUUUUACAAACUGAACAACAAAUGAAAGAAAUUCUUCAUGAUGAAAAGCCGGAUUUAAUUUUGGUUGAUCAGAUUCUUAUUUCACCAAUCAUAAUUCGAUCAGGCAUUCCAUGGGUAUUGAUUUUUAGUUGUAAUCCAAUUUCAUUCCAUAAUGAUCAACGUUUACCGCCACCAUUUUCAGGAUUACCAAUUGAUGAUCAAUCAUUGUGGUCAAAAUAUCGUCAAGAAUUCAAACAAACAUAUCAUCAUUAUGUAAUUAGUAAUCAAAAUUUUCUAAUGAAACAUUAUGGUUAUGAACCACUUACAUAUGAUGGUAUAUCACCACCAUCACCAUAUCUAAAUAUUUAUGGAUUUCCAGAAGAAUUAGAUUACAAUGAUAUUGCACCAAUGCCUAAUAAUUGUUUUCGUAUCGAUACAUUUUGUCGUAGCGAAAAUGAAGAAUUGAAUAUAAGUAAAGAAUUUUUACAUAAUCAUCGUGACAAUAAAUUGAUUUAUAUUUCAUUGGGAACAUUGGCAUCAAUACGUUUUGAUUUGAUUAAAAAAAUUUUGAUGAUUUUAUCACAAACUAAAUAUGGUUUCAUUGUUUCAAAAGGUCGUUUUGAUGAUGGAUUUAAAUUACCGGACAAUAUGUUUGGCGCCAAACAUUUGCCACAAACUAAAGUAUUACCUUUAGUUGAUUUAGUUAUUACACAUGGUGGUAAUAAUACUGUUACGGAAUCAUUGUUAUUUGGUAAACCAAUGAUUGUGAUGCCAUUUUUUGCUGAUCAAUAUGAUAAUGCACAACGAUUACAGGAAAAUGGUUAUGGUGCACGUUUGGAUCCAUUCAAUUAUCGACAAGAAGAUUUAAUAAAUCUAGUUGAACGUUUAUUGAAUGAUCAACAAUUGAAACAAAGAUUAAUGAUUAUAUCGAAAAGAAUGCAAACAUCAAAUCUACGUGAUGAAUUGGCUAAACGUUUGGAACGUUUGGUGGAAAUGAAAAACUAAAUCAAAUCAAUCGAAUCGAAUCUAUCUAUCUAGAAGACAGGAAAAAAAUAUUCUAUCUAUUCGUGUUCAAGAAUCGAGAAAUUUUUUCUAUUUAUUCCAUUGUUCAAUUGUAUUCUUUAAGAUUUUUUUUUUUAUUCUUGGCCCUUAAAAAAAUCGAUAAUUUUGUUUUUU